UUAGGUUUGAUACGACCAGGGUUUGGGUUUUGGGGGAGUAUCUGUCCGGUUAGCCACUUUUUUAUUUGAACAAAACGGUAGCUAGCCAACCAUUUCAAGUUCCUCAAAGCGAAGAGGAGCGUCGUCUUACAAGAAGAGGGAGUUUGCUGUGACAUGUCAACAAUGAAUCCCGAAUAUGACUAUUUAUUCAAGCUGCUUCUGAUCGGUGACUCCGGUGUUGGAAAAUCAUGCCUUCUCCUCCGAUUUGCAGAUGACACGUACACAGAGAGCUACAUUAGCACUAUUGGAGUGGACUUCAAAAUACGAACUAUAGAAUUAGAUGGAAAGACGAUCAAACUUCAGAUUUGGGACACAGCAGGGCAGGAGAGGUUUCGCACAAUCACGUCCAGUUACUACAGAGGAGCACAUGGCAUUAUUGUAGUUUAUGAUGUUACAGACCAGGAGUCUUUCAAUAAUGUGAAACAGUGGCUACAGGAGAUUGACCGCUAUGCCAGUGAAAAUGUUAACAAGCUAUUGGUAGGGAACAAGUGUGACCUGACAACAAAGAAGGUUGUGGAUUACACAACGGCAAAGGAAUUUGCAGACUCCUUGGGCAUCCCGUUCUUGGAAACCAGUGCCAAGAAUGCCACCAAUGUAGAGCAGGCCUUCAUGACCAUGGCUGCCGAAAUCAAGAAGAGGAUGGGCCCCGGGGCCACCGCCGGCGGCUCGGAGAAGUCCAACGUCCCAAUCCACAGCACGCCGGUGAAGCCUUCCUCAGGAGGCUGCUGCUGAGGCCUUCGACACCACCCCACUCCACCACCACUCCCCACCCCCCGCCCCCCAGAAUCUAUAAUGUAACAUGCCCUCAGAAAGAGCGAGAGCCUGAAGGAAAGCCAGACAGAGAGAAAAUAGUCAAAGUUGCCUGAGUUGUACUGUAUGUAGCCGCACUACCAAAAACGACCCAAAAAAAUAAAAGGAAAGUGAAAUAAGGUCAGUAAUCAGAUAUUGGUCAGCCUCCCCCUCCCUCCGUUAUCCCCCCCCCCAGGGCUGCUUUUCCUCUCCCCUCAAGAGACGGCCACUCUCCUUUUCUCAACUUUUUUUAACCCCUCCUCCCCCCAACGUGUGUGUAAAUCUCACUGCAUUCCUACUGCAGGGCUGGUGUGGUCAAGUUCAAUAACAUUGUCUGUCUUUUUUUCCCCCCGUUUUUUGUUGAUUACUUUUGCUGUGUAUAUCAGCAUGUUUAGAAGUUCAUUUCUGUCCUCUGAAUAUGAAGUUUCGCCAAUGCGUGUCAACCAACAGCACAACAGUGUUUCACUGUCCAGCGUCCAGUCUGGUGAAAUAUAUAAAAUAUAUGUACAUAUAUGUGUAUGUAUAUAUAUGUACAU